AUGACCGACGGCAGUAAUAAAACCUCAAAGUCCAAAUCUUCGCCAUCGAAAUCACAACCACAACCACAAGCCCAACCACCAUCUCAGCCUCACCAAGGUAGAUCCUUCUUACCUGCGCCCCUUCGACGCCUCUUCGACCAGUUUCCCCUCCUCACCUACCCAGCAAACCCGCUUCCUCAGCGGGCACCCACCAUCCGCAACGAGAACGUCCUCUAUAUCUUUCAGAAGACCGACCCGAAAAGCCGAGAUGCCCCCUCCUACAACCCUUCCUGCCUGAAAUGGCAAGCUUAUCUCAAAUUCAACGGCAUUCCACUCCGUACACGCCCUUCCAACAACCAUGCAUCUCCCUCUGGUGCUCUCCCUUUUCUGCUUCCUGCUGCCAUCGACCCUCAACGGCCCCCAACCCCCAUUCCUGUCAGUCGGAUUCCCAAAUGGGUAGUCUCUCAGGGAGGCAAGGAAGAGCCUGUCCAUCUAGGACAAGAUGCAUAUAUCGCUUUGAUUGAUCACAACAUCAGAAGUGCCUGGCUCUACUAUCUCUACCUCGACCACCAUAACUUCCGUGCCGUCGCGUGGCCCAUGUACGUCGCCUCCAGCUCCUCCACUGCCGCCGUCCAAUUCAGCCUUGCUCGUCAACUGCAAUCUGCGGCCACGGAGGAAUUACUCAAGACAAACCCCGUCAUAGAUCCUGCCCACCUUUACCAAAAGGCCAAGGAUGCAUUCCGAGCACUGUCUAUCCUUCUGGGCAAUGACAAGUUCUUCUUUGGCCAGACCACUCCGGGCCUCUUUGACGCGAGCCUCUUUGCAUACACGCAGAUCAUCCUGGACGAUGACAUCGCUUGGCCCUCCACCACUCUAAGACUGGCAUUACACGAACACGUGAAUCUGGUUCACCACCGAGACCGCUUGAUCCGAGGCUUCUUCCGCUUAAGCAGAGACCGUACCGACAGCGUAGCACCUCGCCCCUAA